AUGUAAACAAUAUGUAAAUAUGUUUCGAUGGGAAUAAAAAAUUCUGAUUGUAUGCUUUAUUUUGUUGGCGGUUCAGUAUAUAGGAUGACUCAAAUAACUUCUUCGAAAGAGUUACUUUCGCAAGCGCUGCAGAGUAGAAUUAUCCCAAAUCAAGAAUAUUUAUUACAAGGAUCUAUCCUUGAUUCGGCUGUUGAUCACUUAAUACAUAGAUUGAGAGGUCUAUGUGACACCGUGGAUGCAUCACCGGAACCUUUUCACGAUUUGGAAGUAUGUUUAAGCCUUAGACAACCAACACAAACGGCACCUUUAUUGCUUCGUGUUCGAAGGGCUCUAGAUAGAGAUGCUCCAUUCCAAUUGCGAUACAUCGGUCAGCCGGAGCUGGAUAGAUCGCGUCCAACACUAGUUCGUUCUAGUAUAGAUGUUGGGUGUACAUCCACAAUAUUAGAUUUUCUUACGGAAUUGGGGUGCAGACUGGAUUUCGAAUAUGUUAGUCGUGGAUACAUUUUCCGAAAAGGCAGAAUGAAAAUAACGGUCUCGAAAAUCAAAGCAGUUCCAGGAAAACAACAGGAAAUGGGUACAGAAACAGUUUCUCAGAGUUAUCUCGUUGAACUUUCUGUUCUUGCCCCCAAUGGCCAAGAUUCGAUCGGAGAUGAAAUGCGAAUUUUCGCGGAGCAGUUGAAACCAUUGGUUCAGUUAGAAAAAAUUGAUUAUAAACGACUCGGAGGUUUGCCAUAAAUAAAUAAAAUUAUUGUUAACUUAA